UGUCCCGCUUCCUGGAGAUCGAGCAGAAGGUUUGGCUCUCAUUCUGCUCCUGCCACACUGGUAUCCCGUGACGUCCUAAUGCCGGCUCAGGGGUUCUGGAUUUCAGGGAGAAAUCUGCACAGUGUUUCCUGUGACAGACCUGAGGAGUGAGAAAUGGAUGCACCAUCCUGCUCAAUUAACUUCAGAAAGAUGUUUAAAAACCUACAGUGUCAGCUGUGCGGCUUCCAGAUGUGAAUCUUCCUGAAACAUGCUUUGCGUGACAGCGCAUCACCGCAAGAUUUCACUCAGAGGCAAAAUAUUCAAUGCCUAUGGUGCCUUUACUUUUAGACUGUAGCUGCACAUCGCUGCACGGCGGUUGUUUAUCAAUAAAAUGCACCUCUUUGCUGAUAUUUGCUGAAGUUAACUUAAAAUUAUUUCAUUUCAUUUUCAUGUCAAGUAAUCCUUACAUGAGCAGGGAAAGGGAACCUAAGAGCGGCUGCAUUCGCUGAAAUUGAGCAUCCUGUUAAUUGUUAUGAAAGGUCACCGUGGUUUAUGCGGUUUAAUGGGUUGUACAGUAUGCCGUCUGUGGGCAUCCCACGUCAUUUCGCUGGAUGUUUUCGAUCUGUUAACUUCGACUUGUCCAUAAGUGUCCAAAUAAAAUAAGAUCCAGUGGAGACCUGUGACUCUCAGCUGAAGUGAUUCCCAUUUCCUGAAAUGGCUUUACUGGUGUGCUAAGUGCUCUAAUAGUAGGACUGCAAUAUCCUUUGUUAGCUUCAAAUGGAUGUUAAUGGCAUUCGGCUGAAUUAUGGUCACAUUCUAAUGGUUGUAGGUGCUCUUAAAAUACUCAAUCCUUUAUUUACCUCAGUCAGUUUUACGCAAGUUGUAGCUGUAGUUUCUCUCCCCCCUCCCUUUCCAAUUUAUGUAUCUUUGUCUGUUUCUCUGGUACAGACCCCUCAUAUUCAGUUAGUUUACUUUGGAGAGCACUACUUACUGAACCACUGGAAGUUUAGUUUACCUGAAAUAGCAGGCUGGAAAACGAGAGACCUUUUUUCCCUCAGCGACUGCUAAUCAUAUCUCCCUCUAAUUGGCGAGUCCUUCAAACAGCUUUGCAAGCAGUGAUUCAAUUUAAAAGUUGACAGAAUGCACCAGGGAUAUUUUUGGUGCCACGCAACACUGAUUAUUCAGCUUAUCUCUCUCUCCCCCUUUUUAAAUGCUGCAUUUUCUGGCAGUUUUCAGAUCUGGAGGUCUUAUGCAUCGUCUCAUUACCGAGAUACUUCUAGUUACUUUCAAGAGAACUUUUAGAAAGUGAAACUGUGAGAUGGUGUGGGUGUGAAUUUUAAAUGGUGUUUCUGGGCUUCAUCAUAUCCUGUAGAACAUCUUUGUUCUCAAAUGAAGAGUGGAGUAUGCAGAACCCUCAAUAAGAGGUGUUCCUGAGAGAUGCCGAAGACAGAAGGAGAAUUCUGCUUCCGCAAACUACUGUACUUAGGGACAAAGCUCCUUUCUGGGAUUAAGUUAUGGAGACAUCCUCACUCAAUGGGACAUUUCCCACUCGGAUUUCUGCCUACGGUGUGAGGGUCACGCUGCUGAUUGGCAGGGAUGGGAAUCGGAUCGACCCAUCAACUGAUUCUAAACUCCCAGCUGUCAGGUUAAGGAACUGGGUUGCUGCACAGAAAUGGGACAGAAGUCAGUGGUGGAGGUGUUUUUAAAAGGAUUAUUCAUUCUCUCUUAUUGUGAGUGCUGCCUGUACUGUUGCUAUUGUCAAUUCUGUUUUCACACUUUCAGUUUUUGAUUGACAAAGUGGGUAAAGAUUUCUGCUAUUUAGUCAUGCUUACUGGUGUCAUCUGCUAUCCCUCUCUCUCUCUUUCUCUCUAUGUCUCGUAGAUGACUUCUGUGACAAAAGAACAUUGUUCGGAGAUCGUGAACAAGUUCGAGCCCUGUCCUGAGAACCAGGCCCAAGGAGUGCUGGGGAUAGAUGGUUUCACUAAUUACAUGCGCAGCCCAGCUGGGGACAUAUUUAACCCGGAGCACAACAAGGUGAACCAGGACAUGACGCGGCCGCUGUGCGAUUACUUCAUCGCCUCCUCGCACAACACCUACCUGAUGGGGGACCAGCUGAUGUCUCAGUCGCGGGUGGACAUGUAUUCCUGGGUGCUGCAGUCAGGCUGCCGAUGCGUGGAAGUCGACUGCUGGGAUGGUCAGGAUGGCGAUCCCAUCGUGCAUCACGGAUACACGCUGACCUCCAAGAUCCUCUUCAAAGAUGUGGUGGAAACCAUCAACAAAUAUGCAUUUGUUAAAAACCCAUACCCGGUGAUCCUGUCCAUCGAGAACCACUGCAGCGUUCCUCAGCAGAAGAAGAUGGCCCAAUAUCUGAUGGAGGUGCUGGGAGAUAAGCUGGACCUGUCCGGCAUCAACAUGGAUGAAUCUGGCCGCUUGCCCUCCCCUGAAAGCCUGAAAGAGAAGAUCCUUAUAAAGGGCAAGAAGCUGCCAGCCAACAUUGACGAGAAUGCAGAGGAGGGAGACGUGUCGGACGAGGACAGCGCCGACGAGAUGGAGGACGACUGCAAGCUCAUGAACGGAGACAUGUCCGUAAACAGGAAGCAGGUUGAGAGUUUGGCAAAAAAGAAACUGGACACCCUGAUGAAGGAGUCAAAGAUCCGCGACCGUGAAGAUCCCGACAACUUCACCAUCACCUCCCUGCCCGCGGAAAAGCUCAGCCAGAAAGGAUCCCCCAAGGUCAAAGGUGAUGAAGGCACUGACACUGCUGAUGAGUCAACCCCCAACACCAAUAAGCGCGUGGGCCGAACCUUCAUGGGGAGCUUCUCCAAACGGAAGAAAAAGGCCGCCAAGCUGAAGAAGACGUCCAGCCUGGAGGACACUGACACGGAUCAGGAGAGCUCCAGCAGCGCCUCGCGAGCACCGCCCCAUCACAGCAGGAAGAAGAAGACCAUGAAACUGUCGCGGGCUCUGUCCGACCUGGUGAAGUACACCCGGUCUGUGGGCAUGCACGACAUCGAGACGCAAGCGGCCACCUGCAGCUGGCAGGUGUCAUCGUUCAGCGAGACCAAGGCCCACCAGCUCAUGCAGCAGAAGCCCAUCCAGCUCGUCCACUUCAACCGCAGGCAGCUGUCGCGCAUCUACCCCUCGUCGUACCGCGUGGACUCCAGCAACUUUAACCCCCAGCCCUUCUGGAACACGGGCUGCCACCUGGUGGCGCUGAAUUACCAGUCCGAAGGCCGCGUGCUGCAGCUGAACCGAGCCAAGUUCUACAGCAAUGGCAACUGUGGAUACCUUCUGAAGCCCAAGUGCAUGUGUGAAGGUGACUUCAACCCCAUGGCGGUGGACCCCUUACCGGGACAGAUGAAGAAACAACUGGUGCUGAAGAUCAUCAGUGGUCAGCAGCUCCCUAAGCCCAAGGACUCCAUGCUGGGCGACAGAGGCGAGAUCAUUGACCCCUUUGUGGAGGUGGAGAUCAUCGGGCUCCCGGUGGACUGCAGCAAGGAGCAGACCAGGGUGGUGGAUGACAACGGGUUCAACCCCAUGUGGGAGGAGACCCUUGUCUUCACACUCCACAUGCCAGAGAUCGCACUGGUUCGCUUCCUGGUGUGGGACCACGACCCCAUUGGGCAGGACUUCAUUGGCCAGAGGACCAUAGCUUUUACCAGUAUGAUGUCAGGUUACCGCCAUGUGCACUUGGAGGGUAUGGAAGAAGCUUCAAUCUUUGUUCAUGUAGCAGUGAAUGACAUCACUGGUAAGGUCAAGCCAGCCAGCGGUAUAAAAGGCCUGUUUCACAGAAACCCAAAGCAGUCUUCCCUCGACAGCCAUGCUGCUGCUCAGCUCAGUCGUAAGUCCGCCUUCGGCGCCCACCUCCUGCGGCGGACUGCCAGCGAGCCCACCAAGGGCCAGGCCAAGGCCAAGAAAGGUUUCCCGGAGAUUUCCAUCAACACCAAAGACUGUAGCUCUGAGGGCACCAGCGAGGACCGGGACGCGGAGGACGGCUCCCGCCCCCGGUGUGACCGUGAGAGGGACUCGCCCGCCGCUGGCCCACGGGACUGCACCAAUGGGGAGGCACCCCCAGGGGGCAGCAAAGAUAACCCGGAAAUGCAGCGAUCAACUGUUCCACUGCACCCCCUGGAAACCAUUGCUGAGGAAUCUGAGGAGAGACUCCCACGUCAUUCCACAUCCAUUUCCAGUCCAGCCAGCACGCUGUCGCUCAGCUCUACACCAGUGUCCUGUCUAUCUGCAGCAGCUUCACUCCUGGCAACAGUAGGGAAAGCGGCGGAUGAAGUCGGACGACGGCGUCCCAUGGAAAGAACAUUCUCGCUCCACGCAGAACCUGCCGAUGCCCCAAGCAGCAUAGGCAGAGCCCAAGGCACAAAGACUGUUAACGGUGACUGUGAAGACCCUACAUUUACAUCCAUUGAUAGUCCUUGUGACUUGGACCAUGCGUGUCAGCAUAAGGGUAACUGUGAAAGAGGCACAAGCUCAGGCCAGGGUGAUAAUGUGUCCCUGACAAGCGAGAAGGUAGAUCAGACUCUUACUGUGGAGUGUUCCCCGGGUCGCCCUGGUGCCCGGGCACCAGUUAAGAGGGCCUUAUUCAGCAAUGGUCCGACUUUGGGCUCAAAAGGAGGGCAGUGCUGCUCCAUCAGGAGGGCGAAAAGCGAAGGGCACGUUAAGUCAGAACACUGGGAAGCGUUGUCGUCACCGGUACCUGAGGUAUGCACCGACGCUACCUUGAACGACCGGCUUUGGAACAAGCUGGACCUGGGAGCCCACCGGGACAGCGUGUCAUCAUCAUCCAGCAUCUCCUCCAGCGACACUGUGAUUGACUUGUCCCUGCCCAACUUGGCCAGGAAGGGCCUGGCCAGCCUUAGUGGGGCAGAAGAUGACCAUGAGGAGGUUUUCGCGGUCAGCAGGGCUGACUGCCUACCAUCUGCUGCCAGGACAGGGUAUAGCACCUUGCUGGUCAGCAAGAGCAAGUCCAAUCCAAACCUGAGGGCUGACGAUCCUUGCGAGAUCGAGGAUGAGCUGCAACCUCGGCCACUGGGGAGGGAGCCGGGGGCGUCUGGCCGGCUCAUGCAGAGGCGGCACACAUGGAGCCGACUCUACAUGGAGGGUCUCAAGCAGUCGUCGGCUCUGGCCAAGAAAUCCUCCACGCCAGCAGCUGCCGAGAAGGAGAUGGACAGCAGCUCCAAGUCCAAGAGCCUGGGUGACCUUACAUCGGACGAUAUUGCCUGCAAUUUUGACAGCAAGUAUCGGAGCAUCAGUCGCAGCUUUGUGGUGCGGCCUACCAGGAGCCCCCGGAAGCCCAUUGGGAAGGCCAGGAACGACCUCGAGGAGCAGCUCAGGAAGCUGACUGACGUGGAGCCCUUGACAGCCAGCGACUUCACUCAGCCGCUGGACCAGGAGGCAGAGGCGGCACCACUGCGCCGCAUGUCAUCGCGGAGCCAGAGCCGCGUGCGCUACAUCGCCAACCGCGCCAAGCAGGCGCAGGAACGACAGCGGCUCCAGGAGCUGGCCCGGCAGGGCGGCAGCCCCAUCGAGGAGCGGGGAAACCCCGAAGGGGCUUGCUCUGUGGCCAGGAGCCCUUGCGUUGGCCUGGACCUCCUGAGUCAGCUUCCCCUGACGCCUCCAGAGCAGGGUCCACCAGAGAUGGACCCCGAGGUUGUCUUUAUGCUCAAACUCUAAGAACCAAAAAUUAAUAAAUGAAAAUGGCACAGAAAUAAUACAUACAACUGAUCCAGUCAUGAAGAGAGACCAUGCUUUAAGUUUACUUACCAUUUCUAAACCAGUGAAUACUGUAAACUUUUAAUUUAUCUCAACAGUUGCAUUGAGUAGUUUUGAGCAAGUCCUCCAGGGAUCUAUAGAUGAUUUCUUAAAAACCAUGGAAUUAUGACUGAUUUAAAUGCAAAUUACAUUUAAUUUAAAAUGUGGAGAUGCUGGGCACUAUUACAAAUUUUAAGUAAAUAAUACCAUUAUUUUUUUAUAAUGUCCAAUUUGCUGGCUGGUCACAUAAGGGUUAAAACCAUGCUUUGUACAUAUUUCCAUACCCCACAGCAUGAUAAACGAUGCCUGAAAUAAGUGUUUUCAUAAAUUGGCUACAAAUCCACAUUGUUAAACAGACUGUUUAAAUUCAGUUAAGAUGUGAAAAGUCACGGUACGUUUAACUCACAGUAACCUCAGUAUCUACACAACAUACGUUUUUUCCACACAAUCCAAAUGUAGCAAGACUUGUCAUCUGACUUCGUGUCCAAUUUAAUUCUCAAACUCUUGGACAACUUCGUAUUUGUUCUCGUUUUCUUUUUUAUAAACAAAAGACAUACUAAUAUGUCUUUAUUUGUAGUAGUUCAGCUACACAUUAGCAAUAUUUUAACAUUAAAAUAUGACAGUAUUGGAGGAAAUACUGUUUGGGAGACUGAAUAUAUGAACACAUACCGCGGCUCGUUUUGUACAAGACCAAGACAUUUGAAAAACUGAAUCUAAAAAAAAGAUUUUAAUUUGAAUGAUUUUUUUUUUAAUCCUAUGCAUAUGUAAUGUUUUCCUGGCGUUGCAGUUCACCUUUGGGCUGUUAUGUGAAUGACAUGCAAGCUUAAAUGCCAGUUUUUAUGUCACACGGCAUGUGCUCUCGUAUUGUGGCUUGGUGUCGGCAUACGGAAUAGCACGGGGUCUGUAUAUCACCGCUAUUGUAUCCACCUCAAAUCUCCCAUCCUCAUCUUCUGCAUGUCCCAAGCGCCAGUGCUUGUCGCCAUUUUAAUUUAAGAGAAGGCGUCUGACGUACCCCUUUCCCCGCCCGGGAUGAGAUACACCAGCGUCCUCACCGCUGGCACCGAGGCCUGUAUGUAAGUCGCUGCCUUGCCGGAACCAUCUCGGGUGACUAUAAGAUUGCUGUCAUCUCUAAAUGGGCUCGUGUCGCUUUCAAAUGCAUUCAUGCUUUUAAUUUUAAUUAGGAAACACCUUUCACAAUGAAUACUGUACCCAGUUUCCUUCGUCCUAGAAACACAGCAGGGAGUAACGGAUCCUUUUUGGGACAUAGGACUUCUGAUAAACGCUUGACUCCCUUCUUUAUGCUAAGGUUUGAAUGUUAAACUAGAGUUUAGAUAUGGAAAUAGGCCUCGGACUUGAAAGCAAAAUCAUUUGGACAAUGUGUGUGUUUGGAAGCGAUGUGGAACUCCCGCCGAAAGGAAACGACACUUAACUUUGGCAUGAAAUGGCUAUGAAGCACAAAGGGAUUUAUUUGCACUGCCAUGCCGGUUUGUUUUUCUGUGUAAAAAAAAAAGUGUAGGGGUAUUUAAAUUGUAAGAAUGUAUUGUUAGUAUACACUCAAGCACACUUGCUUUUUUUAAUAUGAUUUCAUGUUUUGUCUUGCGUUCUCAGUGUCAGUUAAUAUAGGUGUAAGUUUCAUUAAUUAAAAAGAAUCUAAAACAUGACAUGCAAAAAAAUAAUAAAUCUUUGUCAACUGAUGUAAAUGAACAUGAACUGAAUAAAAAGUGUUUAAUCUG